AUGACCGAGAAUCUGGUACCUCAUCUGGAAUUGGUUCAGCUAGCUAAAAGAAAACAACAGAAGCAUGCUCAUGAAUCCAAGAUACUUGUGGAUCAGCUAAGGAAGACGCUUCAAGCUAUAGUGCAAGCCAACUCCAACGAGAUGGGAGUAAGUGCUCCGCCAUUACUAGACAAAAUAGCCACUAUUCACGAGCUUGAUAAAGAGAUAGACAGACAGCUAAACAAUGAUAUAGCCAUGAGUUUUGAAGAGCUUAUGAAUGUAAAGUCACGGCUUCAACGGCUUAUCGAACGAAGUAAUAAAAAGUUACAGUAUGACGAUGACAAAACGAUUGUGGAUGAGAUGCAGCGACGGGCGGAGUUGAUAGAUCAAGAGCUUAGAAUAUUCGAGCUUACUAUGGAGCUAGUACGUAAAUAA